GAGUGUGGAAUGCGAAGAUCAGGUUUCGGGCUGGGUGUCUUUCGGGGUGUCUCAAGAGGACAGAAACCAGGCUGGGACGCCAUACAAGUGUAAAGAAUGUGAUAAGUGCUUCACCAAGGCCUCGAAUCUUAGGCGUCAUGAAACUAUUCAUACUGGAAAGAAACCCUACAGAUGUGAAGAAUGUGACAGGUCCUUUACUGUGAUGUCAAGUUUCAAAUUACAGCAGGGAAGUCAUACUGAAGAGAAACCCCACAAAUAUGAAGAAUGUGGCAAGUCCUUUCAUCAUGUGUCAUAUCUUACAGUACAUCAGCAAAUGCAUACUGGAGAGAAACCCUUCAGAUGUGAAGAAUGUGGCAAAUCCUUUAGUCAAAUGUCAUAUCUUAGAUCACAUCAGCGAAUACAUACUGGACAGAAACCCUACGUAUGUGAAGAAUGUGGGAAGUCCUUUAGUCAAAUAUCAAAUCUUACAGUACAUCAGCGAAUACAUGCUGGAGAGAAACCCUACAGAUGUGAAGAGUGUGGGAAGUCCUUUUGUGAAAGCUCACAUCUUAGAUUACAUCAGCAAAUACAUACUGGAGAGAAAUCCUUCAGAUGUGAAGAAUGUGGCAAGUCCUUUAGUGGACGGUCAAUUCUUAGAAGACAUCAGCAUAUACAUACUGGAGAGAAACCCUUCAAAUGUGAAGAAUGUGGCAAAUCCUUUAGUCAAAUAUCAAAUCUGAGAGUACAUCAGCGAAUACAUACUGGAGAGAAACCCUAUAGAUGUGAAGAAUGUGGCAAGUCCUUUAGUCAACGGUCACAUCUUAGAAGACAUCAGCAAAUACAUGCUGAAGAGAAACCCUACAGAUGUGAAGAAUGUGGCAAGUCCUUCAGUCAAAUAUCAAGUCUUAGAGUACAUCAGCGAAUAUAUGCUGGAGAGAAACCCUACAGAUGUGAAGAGUGUGGGAAGUCCUUUUGUGAAAGGUCACAUCUUAGAUUACAUAGGCGAAUACAUACUGGAGAGAAUCCCUUCAGAUGUGAAGAAUGUGGCAAGUCCUUUAGUAGACAGUCAAUUCUUAGAAAACAUCAGCAUAUACAUACUGGAGAGAAACCCUUCAAAUGUGAAGAAUGUGGCAAAUCCUUUAGUCGUAUAUCAAAUCUGAGAAAACAUCAGCGAAUACAUACGGGAGAAAAACCCUACAGAUGUGAAGAAUGUGGCAAGUCCUUUAGUCAACUAUCAAAUCUUAGAGCACAUCAGCGAAUACAUGCUGGAGAGAAACCCUACAGAUGUGAAGAAUGUGGCAAGUCCUUUCGUUAUGUGUCAAAUCUUAGAGUACAUCAGCGAACACAUACUGGAGAGAAACCCUACAGAUGUCAAGGAUGUGGGAAGUCCUUUAGUGAAAGUAAACGGUCCUUUAAUCAAAUGUCACAACUGAGAGUACAUCAGUGAACACAUACUGGAGAGAAGCCCUACAGAUGUGAAGAAUGUGGCAAGUCCUUUAGUAAACGGUCACAUCUUAGAAGACAUCAGCAAAUACAUACUGGAGAGAAACCCUACAGAUGUGAAGAAUGUGGCAAGUCCCUUAUUGAGAUGUCAGUUCUUAGAGUACGUAAGCGAAUACAUACUGGAGAGGUACCCUACAGUUGUGAAGAAUGUGGAAAGUGCUUUAGUAAAUGGUCAAAUCAUAGAAGACAAGAGCACAUACAUACUGGAGAGAAACCCUACAGAUGUGAAGAAUGUGGCUAGUCCUUUAGUCAAAUGAUAUAUGUCAGAUUACAUCAGCAAAUACAUACUGGAGAGAAACCCUAGAAAUGUAAAGAAUGUGGCAAUUCCUUUAGUCAAAUAUCGCAUGUUAGAUUACAUUAGCAAAUACAUUCUGGAGAAAACGAUACAAAUGUAAAGAAUGUGACUAGUCUUUCAGUAAAUGGUCAAUUCUUAGAAGACAGCAGCAUAUAUGUACUGGAGAAAAACCUGCAGAUGUGAAGAAUGUACCAAGGCUUUUACUCAUAUGUCAAUAUUUCAAUUACAUCACUGAAUGCAUACCAGAGAGAAACCAUUCAAAUGUGAAAAAUGUGGCAAGUCCUUUAGUCAGUGGUCAAGUCUUAGAGGACAU